AUGUGUCUCCUGGGCCCCUCCGGGCACUGCUACCUCCCGGUGGUGACUCCUGUCGCCUUUUGCCCCGGGGGUGGGAGCCCCGCCUCUGGGCUCGGCUUGCCCAGCAGCUGCCAAGGGAGCCUCUGGCUCCUGGAGCACCGCCGGGACUCCGAGGGCGACGGGGCGCCCAGCUGCCGGCCCGGGGCCUGCACCGUGGGGGGAGCCCCGUGGAGCUGCCGUGAGCCCUGCGACCCUGCAGCAGCGGCGGGGACAACAACGCGCGGUGCACGCGGCACAGCCAGCGGGGGACCCCGCCACGGCCCACAGGCCCAGACUGCUGGGGGGCGCACGACCCGCGCCGGCGGCGCACUGAUUCCCCGCGCCCCUGCGGCGCGCCGGACCCUCGCCGACGGCCCCCAGGGCCUCGGGCGGCGCAGCAGCGCACCCAGGAGCUCCCGGCCGCUCCCCCACUGCAGACCCAGCAGCCUGGGGGGCAGGGGCUACCAAACUUGGGGCUUCACUCCCGGCGGCUUCUCGCCGUCCUGCGGUGCGGCCAGCGGCUGCCAGUCCCCAACCUACUGGGUGAGAAACUGCCCGUCGCCGAGGUACCGGCCCGUGAGCUGCGCGCCGCCGCGCUACCUGCCCAGCAGCCUCGGCGGCUGCCUGAGCUGCGUGCCCAGCUCCUUCCCCCCGCUGAGGUACCUGCGCCCUGGCUGCUACUGA